GUCUGUGGGUCUGGUAACCAAUGCCGGGUGAUGGGCCUACCUGACUGUUGCUGAUCUUCUGUGGUGCUCGGCCCCCACAGCCAUCUGUCAACAUGCAAGGAUUCUACUCCAAGCUCGACUCCUCCCCCUCCUCGUCCCCGUUGUUGGGGGCGGGCCUCGGGGGCGAAGGUGCUCCCGUACCUCUCAGCCUGGCUGUGGAGACGGAGAAGGCUCAGGCUCUCCUACAGACAUUCAGCUCCGCCUCUCUGCUGGCGUCAGCAGGACUUGGUAUGUUCUGUGUGGUGGCGGACCACUCCCUCCAGCUGUCCGUCAUCCAGAACCACCUGUGGCUGCGAGCUGCCCUGGACAACGCCACGCAUGGAUUGGUGGGCCUGUGGUCAUGGGCGGUUGUUAUUGGACUAAGGAAAAAGAGUGAUCUGUAUGAGGUGCUGCUUGCCGGUCUUCUGGCAUCAAUCAUAGACCUGGACCAUUUCUAUAUGGCUGGAUCCCUGUCACUCAAGGCUGCUGUCUCGCUCCCUCAGCGUCCUCCUCUUCACUGUUCCUCUCUCAUCCCGGUUCUCUGUCUCUCCCUCCGGUUCCUCAUGUGGAUCGGACGCCUCAAAGACGCUUGGUGCUCCUUGCCGUGGAUGCUUUUCAUUUCCAUGGCAACACACCACGUCCGCGAUGCCGUGCGCCACGGCCUGUGGGUGUGCCCGUUCGGCAACACGGCUCCGCUGCCCUACUGGCUGUACGUCAGCACCACGGCAACGCUUCCUCACCUGUGUUCGGUGCUCAUGUAUUUGACAGGAACCAGGGAUGUGAUCUCCACCAAACAUGGCGUGGCCAUUGAUGUUUAGAAGUCACCGACUUACCAACAACGUCUCAUGCUGAUCUGGUAUGGAUCGUCUCUGGGCAAAAAUGAUGCUUACGCUUCGCUGUUUGAAACAACUUUUAAGAUACUUGACAUUAAUGGAAAAAUCUGAAACUAAGGAUCAGAUUUCUUUGUCAACCCAGAAGGAUUAGGAAACUGUUACUAUAUGAUAUUGGAAAACAAAAAAAAACAUACAAUAUGCUUUUCCAUGGAUUGAGAAAUCUGUAAAAUAACUAUUGGCUAUGGAAAGUUCCAGUAUGCGUGCCAAUCAAUUUUUCCUAGUGUUAAGGAAAUGUAUAAGAACUUGUAUCUGGAGAUGGUCGUUAUCUCCUAUAACUGUCUUAAGUGUUAUGGAGUGACCCUUUAAAGCUUUGACAUAUCGUUUUACAGAGUUGUUCAUCAACCCAAACCACGAUAAGGGACCGGACACUUUAUAUCACUUCUUGGCCCCUGAACUCCAAGCAGUCUUCACCUGAACUAUCACUGUUUGUCAACGUCCUAAGAAGGAACACUCAAGGAAAAGCCCACCAAAGGUCAUCCACUAGCUGUAGACACUUGACUUUCAACCUCAGUGUGUAUAUUAUCACUGUUAUUUUACUGUGCAUUUAAAAUUGCUGAUCUGCUUUAGUAGUGAAAUGAAAUGUACUGUACAUCAUUGUAGAGUACGUUUUAAAUCUAUUCGUUCCAAUGACGGAUCAACCAUUAAUCACCACAGAACACAAAUUCUCUUUGGAUGUUACCGCCUGUACUAGCCAGCUGUCACCACUCUGCCACCUCAGCAUUCUUUCAUUUUGCUGCUUGGAUGAGCCUUAUUUUUUUAAGAUUUUCAGAUGUUUCAAUGCCAACCAUUAUUGAUAAAAAUGAUUUGCUUGUGUAACCUGGUGGUAAUUCUAAUUUAUAGAUUUUUGGUUUUUUUUAUAUAUAUAAGUGUCUAGAUAUUUGCUUUGACAUUGUUGCAAUUAACUUAUUCCAAAGGAUCUGUAUACUGUGUGCAUGGAUCCACCUGGAAAGGUGGACAAGUUGUGUUCCCACUGUGUCAAUGACAGAGAACUGCUUUUAUUUAAUUACAAUGUCAAACAUGUAGGAUCCAGAGUAUCUUUUUUUAGAUUUGUUUCAGUUGUUGCAGCAAAAGCUAAGGAUGUAAUGACUGUUUGAUGGGUGUGUGGUGUCCCAAAUGAUCUCUCUAUUUUACAUCAGACAUUCAAAAGAUUAGGGACCUUGAGAGAUGCUGGAAGUUUUCAGGCUUUGCUUGUAAAAUCUUUAUGUAACUUAUUGAUAGACAGAAAUAUAAAAUGGGGGAAAGUGUAGUCUUAUUGCUGCAUUAACUUGCUGUAUAUUGAUCUACUGCAGUUUUUGUGAUGUUUCUGUAAUUAAACGAUUGAUACAGUACAUACCACAUAUUGAAAUUCAUAGUUGGCUUACAGUGGUGAAAACAUGACUUGCAGAAGUACAUGGACUGUUUAUUUAAACUAUUUAUCUCACAUGAAUAAUAUCAUUCAUUAAGACACAGACCAUUUAGAGGUAGGAAGUCAUUACACUGUUUUAGAUGUAGAAGGAUAACACGUGUAGUCCUAAACAAUGUUGUAUUACUUUUUACAUGAUGCCCCAUAUGUGUUAGUACAGUGGAUUUAAUGGGUUUUAGGAACUUGUAGUUAUUUGAAUGUAGUUGCUUUGAAUAUAGAAGGGAUGGCGGACUCCUUAAGAGGUUUCUGCUUCUAUGUUUUUUAAUUGGGACAUAAUUAGUUAAGCUUGUAUGACAUAAUCACAGUAAUCACAAAUAUCAAUCAUAAUCAACAAAUACUUAAGUUUCCAUUUUAGUUUUUUAAUUUAGUUUCUUAAUCUAUUUUCUUGUGGAGCUGCAGGUGAUUGUAAGGUUGUAACGGUGCCUGUUGUCCAUUAUGCUGCUGCAGUAAGCUUUAGGGGUUCACAGUUUGCUAAUUUGGCACAUAUAAGUGUGAGAAUUUCCUAGUGGGUUGUAGAAAAGUCAAUAGGAAUUAAAUUUAAUUAUGUAUUAUUAUGUAUUAGUUGACUUUUAGAAAGUAAAAGGUUACACAAUAGCUGCCGUCCCAUUUGAGUCCCCAGUGUUCUUUUGAGUAAAACUGUAUCUUUUACUGCUGCUUAUGUGACCUUCAUUAAUGUAAUAUGUAAAAUUUUGCACAUUGUGAGGUUUUUGUUUAAAUAAUGUUUUCUAUUAUUUGUUGAUGUUUUUGUAUAAUGAAAGUUUGAUUUCAAUAGUAAUAAAGCAUAGAUAUUAACAGGAUAGUUUUA